AUGCCGCGGAGCUCCGAGGUCAGCAACCCCAGAGAAGGGGCAAGUGCUGCGUCAGUCAUGUUCUUUUGGUGGAUGAAUGACUUGAUGAGCCUGGGUAGGAAGCGACCGCUGACUGAUGAGGAUUCCCCUCCACUCCUUGAGGAUUACAAAGCCGAGUUGCUCGUGAAAAAGGCUGAAAAAUACUGGUUCGAUGAAUUAAAGCGCACUCAAUCCUCAAACAAGAAACCACAGUUAUGGAAAACAUUGUCUAGAUUAAUUCCGUGGGAAUCUGCUCUUAAGAUGAUAUUUUUAAGAAUUCUAUGGGCUUUAAGUUUUUCCUUUUUACCCGUAUGCCUUUGGCUAUUGUUAAAGACGUUGAAUGAUGGACCAAAUCUGGACAUUAAGGCGGCGUUCUUCUAUGUUGCCCUAUUGACGAUAUCAAGCAUGACAAAAGCGACUUCGACACAGCAUUACGAUUACCUGACCGAACUUUGGGGACUAAGGCUGAAGGUGGCAUUGAUAGGUCUUGUUUAUAGAAAGGUAAGUUUCUAUGGUAAGCUUUCCUUAGGUUUUCUUUCCCUUUUUUUCCACGUUACCCUGUCUUCAGUUUGUUAUUAACCUUGAAAUAUAGUUUUGCAGAAUAGCAUAAUCACCACGGAGGGUAGAAAAAGACAGCUAAGAUUAACAAAGACUGUUAAUGGAUGGCCUUGAAAUAUGUUGCUGAUAUUUCUUUUUCCUCAGCCGUUAUUGUUUGUUUGUUUGUUUGUGUGCUUUUCAAGUAUAGUAUAAACGUGUUUUUUUGGUUCAAAAUUGUUGUCAAAAACUAUCAGGGUUUACUUACAGUUAUAUUUGCUCUUCUGUGGAAAAUUAGAUGCUUUCGCUAAAUCGUUACAGCCUGGAGGCUACGCGUUCUGGAAACACAAUAAACCUGGUCUCGAAUGACGUUCAAAAAAUAGAGAAGUCGUUAAACCAGCUGGGUAUGGUGUUCUCCGCGCCGAUGGAACUCUCAAUCAGCUUGGGUAUCCUAUGGUAUUUUAUUGGCUGGGAGGCUUUGAUUGGAGCAACAGUGUUUUUCGUCUUAGUGGCGUUCCAAAUUUUGUUGGCAAGAAAAGCUGCCGAUCUUAGAAAGAAAGCAGCUACUUUCACCGAUGAACGGCUCAUGGUGAUGAAUGAAAUCAUCGCUGGAAUACGAGCAGUUAAGAUGUUCGCUUGGGAAUGGAAUUUCAUUGAUGUCGUUCGUGAACUCCGCAAGUAAUUAAUUUUUCUAAUUUUGUUUUUGGCUGUAGAGACCAACGUGACUGAAUAAUGAAAUUCACCACCUAGGUAUGGAAGAAAACAUAUCAAGGGGAAGUUGUUUUACUAGUUAUGUCAUUAAUAAUUUUUAGACGAAUGGAUAAUCUGUGCGAGAAAAUGAUUUGCAAGCAUUAUUGCCUGUUUUAAAAAAAUAAGAAAAUAAUCGCGUAAGGUGGGGGAGUUUUAUUAAUGUUUCAAUAAAAAGAAAAGGCGAGGAAGGAUCUCUUUCUCCUGUCAGAAACAUUUUUUAUUUUCGUUAUGGCCACGUAUUGGUGUACAGUGAGUGCUGUAACGUUCACUUUCACGUUCGAUAAUUUGUACAUACAUGUUAUUUAUUUAUGUUUUGGUAUAUCUAUUUAUAUUUGAAGGAAGGAGAUGGCAGUUAUCCGAAAGAAGGGCCUCAUCGUUUGCUUCCUGAUUGUUCUAUUAUUUACAACGCUUCCAAUUGCAGCUUUGAUUUCAGUAACAGCGCUGGUUUUAACAGGAACCAUUUUGUCAUCUUUUACAAUAUUCACGCUACUCCUUGGAUUAGUGACGAUUAAGUUUGCGUUCUGUAACAGCUUGAGUCUCUCUGUGUACAUUGUCGCAGAUGCUAAAGUAGCUCUUAAUAGGAUACAGACAUUUCUCGGAGAAAAGCUGCCAGGGCUCGAAAUAGGUGGAAGAUUCCAUGGUGAAACUCAGCCUCGGACAAGACUGUUAGAUAUCGACGAUAACCAUUCCAAGGUUGAAGAAAAGAUGGAGAAAGGCCUUCCAAUGACAAACUGCAAUGGACGAGAGGACUUUUCCAUAGAAAUUUCCUCAGAAUUUGAAGGUAGCUCAAUGACAAAGGGGCCAGACAAUCCAAAAGAUGACCUGCGUUCAGGAUAUCCAUUUCUCUCCAUAUCCAACGUGUGUUGUUCUUGGAACCACAACUGUUGCAACGAGGCCUUAACUUUGUGCGAUAUAACUCUAAAUGUACGUGCUGGUGAAUUGUUGGCAAUUACUGGUCCCGUGGGGAGUGGAAAGUCCUCAGUGUUAUCAGAAAUUUUGGGGGAACUACCCCUUCGUGGAGGCACCAUAACAUAUCACGGGAAAGUUGCCUUUGUCCCUCAAUUACCAUGGGUAUUUUCUGGGUCUGUGAGAGAGAACAUUUUGUUUGGAUUGCCAUUUGACGAGGAGAAGUUUCUGAAUGUUGUAGACGUUUGCGGUUUGUCCAAAGACUUAUCUGACUUCGCCAGAGGAGAUCUCACAAAAGUUGGGCAACGUGGAGUGUCCCUUAGCGGAGGUCAGAAAGCUCGAGUAAGUUUAGCUCGUGCAGUGUAUUCAAAUGCUGAUAUUUAUUUGCUUGAUGAUCCUCUUAGUGCACUAGACACCAAAGUAGGAAGAACACUCUUCGAGAGCUGUAUAGUCGAUAAUCUAUCGGGCUGUAUUCGAAUCCUGGUCACUCAUCAGCUACAAUAUCUGAGAGACGUUGAUUGUAUUGUUGUGAUGAAAAACGGUUCAAUUAAUCAUCAGGGCACGUACAUUGACCUUAAAGAAAAGGGGUUACUUUCAGAAAUUCUCGAUUUAUCAGAUCAAUUUGAAGAGAGGUCAAAGCAGAUAUUGAAGAUAAGUGUGGGCGGGGGAGACAUAAAUAAUGGAAAUCAAUCAGGUACGUUGGUUUCCGACUCAGAGCGUUGUGAAAUGCAACUGCACGAGGGUGACCUUAUUUCCACAAGCAGCAUUGCAAAAGUGAAAGUCGGAUGUGGCCAGAGUUCUCAGGCUCAGUUUUCGGCAAACAUGUGUAAAGUUCAACGCUUAAACGGCAACCAAGCUUUUGACCUGAAGGAAGAGGAGGAAGGAAAGAGAACUGGCACUGUGACCUGGCGACUUUAUUGGAAGUAUUUUAAGGAAGGACUCUCAGUGCCUUUGAUAAUGCAUGUGGCAGUUGCGCUUAUCUUAUCACAAGGUAAUUCAUCUUGCUUAAUAACACUGAUUGUUACCAGAACAAGUACUUCACAAAGGUGUCUAAGAUUGUAUAAAACAGGGAAAUAUCUAGCAUAUGCUGUUCAAUUUUUACGGAAUUUUCUACGCUUUUGUGGCAUACUUGUUCUGGUUUGUCUUAAUUCUUGGCUAAGCUAUGAAUGAAUAACUCAUUGAUAACACCUUCCACCUCUAUUUAAAGAGUUAGUCAGUUCCGAUAUUGAUUGAUGUUGUUUCCGUACUAUUUGUGCAAAAGGCAGAUGAACUUUCAAGGUAUUGAUAUUGUUCCAUUUAUUACAGUUUGCCUCCUGGCUCCAAACUGGUGGUUGGCUAGAAUUUCAGAGAUGUCGCCUACCCAGCAAAAAGGAACAGACACUCAAGCAAUCCACGCCAGUUUAGUGGCAAUUUCCAUGGUAGUCAUGACAGCAUCGUGUGUUUCCUUUUAUUUUCUCCUUCUGAAAGCAGCAGAAAAUCUUCACAACAAAAUGGCCAUGACGAUCGUUAAAGCUCCUGUGCUGUUUUAUGACACAAACCCAGGGGGUCGCAUCCUGAAUCGCUUUUCAAAGGAUGUUGGCACCAUCGAUGAUGUAUUACCGAUACGGUUUCUAGAAUCGGUUACAAUGUGUCUUUUCUCGCUCCUGUCCUUUUUAGUUCCUGCUGUGACAAAUUACUGGCUCUUCUUAGCUCUUCUUCCUAUCUUAAGCAUAUUUAUGUACUAUGCACGUUAUUAUUUAGCUUCCUCCAGAGAGCUGAAGAGAAUCGAAGCCAUCAAAUGUAGCCCAGUGUAUUCACACUUUACGGAAACUAUCCACGGACUGGAGAUAAUCCAUAUCUCAAAUAAGAACAAAGCCUUUUUAGAGAGGCUUGAAAGGUUAGUCGAACGAGCUAUUUUUUUUGUUUUGUUUUGUUUUGUUUUAUUUUUUGUGGCGAGCUAUAUUCGAAUGAAGUUCAAGUUUAUUUAAGGUGGGCUUGUAAACAUCACCUCAAUCAGUUUAGUUCUCUGACCAGUUAGGCUGUGUUUCACUUUCGCAUUUUGUGGGAAGUAAUUUCUCACGUCACGAGCUUAUGAAAACAAUUGUUAAGUCCCGGUCAGGCGAAGUUUGAUUAUGCUGAACAUCUUGAAUACCAGCCGAAUAAACUGGUCAAGACCAUUAGAUUCUGAGCAUCUCCAUCGUAAGCAAGGACUUGGUUUCUAGAAAAACAAGGAUUUCGAGGACCUUUAAUGGGUCGCCAAUGAGUGUCUUGACCCACCUAGUUAAGUAAAAUCUGAGCCAAUCCCAGUUUUGCCUUCCAGGUAUCAGGAUGAGAAUACGCAAGCUUUUUUUAUGGUGGUGUCGUGUAAUCGGUGGUUGGGAAUUCGCCUUGAUAUGUUGUCCAGUGCAUUCGCAACGACUGUUGCAGUGGCUGCCAUUUUGAUUGCAGAGAAUCCAGGCGAGUGUGUGAAAACCUUUUUGAUUGUUGUUUCGGGAACGAGCUCUACGAUUCGUAAAAUUCUUCUGGGAAUUCUCUUAACACCGUUUAGAAACUUUAUGGGGAGAGCGUAGUUCCUGUCCUUGUUUAUCCUGUUUGCAACUGUAGUUCUCAUAAAUCUGUCUUAGAUUUUCCCAGUUAGUUUUUCCCAUUCAGUGAAGACCAAGUUAAUCAUGCAUCCAGCUAUGUGUCUCUUUACACUGUUUAGCCUUUGCUGGACUCGCGUUGAUGUAUGCACUGGAAACGCUGGACCGGACGCAAUAUGGUGUGCGAAUGGCUACAGAAGUCGAAAACUUGAUGACUUCUGUUGAACGUGCAAUGGUGUAUUCUGAAUUAGACUCUGAGCCUGGUUAUAGCACUGAUAUCUAUCCUUCAGAGUCCUGGCCCGGCGAAGGAAGCUUUGCCAUCGAAAAUCUAUCUUUGGCGUACUUUGAAGGUGGACCUCAAAUCUUAAGAGACAUCAACGUUCGGAUCUCUAAUAAGGAAAAGGUCGGAGUUGUGGGUCGCACAGGCGCUGGAAAGUCUUCCCUGGUUUCAGCUUUGUUCCGCAUGCCAGAUCCCCUUGGAAAGGUGAGUGAACUGCGAGAGGCCAUGAACGUGGGCGUCCUUGAAACAACGCAUGCGUGGAUGUUUAACGGUUAAAAAAAGGGAGCAAAAAAAAAUGCUGUCGUGCUUUCAUUUCACUUCUGAAAAAGACAAACGAACAAACAAAUAAACAGACCAAGAACACGACUUGAGAACAGUCAAACGUCUCUGAUACAGUGACAGCUUUACAGUUCAGUCAUUCUUGAUGCGACCGGAUGCGACUUAACAGCGUUAUUUUUUAAACUUGUUUGGAUCAUCUCACUAAACGUGGUUCUUCUAAAAUCAAUUCUGCGAAGUCUGUUUUAGAAAUCUAAGCUAAUAUAUUUACUUUGUCAGUUCCUCCUUACAACUAUGCUGGUGCACUUACAAAGUGCUACAUGCCUUUCCACGCAAAAAGAGAAAAAAUAAACAAACGACCGAAUAAACAAACACCGCGGUUAUGGGAAAAGGGGGGUAUAUGAAUUUUUAACUAGUUUUGCUUAAGAUUGUGUCCUAGAAGCAAUAUAUUCUUCUCGGCAGGUACUGAUCGAUGGAGUUGACAUAACAUCAGUCAACCUCCAGCAGGCCCGUAGGUGUAUGGCUGUUAUUACACAAGAUCCUGUACUAUUUGGAGGCUCAUUAAGAAGGAACAUGGACCCAUUUUCAAAACAUACCGAUCAAGAAUUAUGGGCAGCUCUAGAAGCUGUGCAACUAAGGACCCUUGUAGAAGGUCUCCCAAAGCAGCUUGAAUUCAAAAUUAAAGAAUCUGGGACAAAUCUUAGCAUUGGUGAAAGGCAACUUAUCUGUUUGGCUCGUGCUCUGGUCCAGAAGAGCAAAAUCAUCGUCAUGGAUGAAGCCACUGCUAAUGUGGAUUUCAGGACUGACCGUAGGAUCCAGCAAGUUAUUCGCCACAAGUUUAAAGACUCCACUGUACUAACCAUUGCUCAUCGUCUGAACACCAUUAUGGAUUAUGACAAGGUGCUGGUUCUUGACGACGGGCAAGUGGUGGAGUUUGACAAACCCGAGGUGUUAAUGAGAAGUGGUGGAAUGUUCGCUGAAAUGGUGAAAAGCCAAACCCACAUGGAGAAUCGUCGAACAUAA